AUGCGGUUAAUGCAGGGUCACAGUUGGGGCCUCAAUCCGCAUAUUCAUAAGAUCAUCUAUCAGACAGUUGCAGAAAAGAUUGUAACGUAUGCGGCGGCUGUAUGGGCCCAGCCGAUGCAAAGCCAAGGUUACUCAGAAGCACGUUCGUCAAAAUCUUCCUCCUGCACUUCUCUAGCAGACGAAAAUCAAGAUCUUCAACCGGAGCAACAUUCUAAAUAUGCCUUUAAAGAGGAAAAGUCUGUGUCGUUUUCGGAUGAAACCACCACCGUCAGCUCACCCGUCCAUCAGAAGCAGCACUCCCCUCAACACGCAGCCGAAAGACCCGUGAAACCAGCCAUCAAGUCCUCCUUAUCCCUUCGCAGCCAGCAUUCCUCAGAUGUGGAUUCUGUUCCCACUCAGCUACACCCUCCUACAGUAAAAGUCACAAAUGCAGAUCGCGAACCCCGGUCGAAACCUGCCCCACCCCCAAAACCGAGUUCCCUCUCCGAGAGACAACAUUCGGUUUCACCCCCUACUAAAGGUAAGUUCCGGGUAAGCGCAGAGAUGUACAGUCAGCUGAAGCAUCUGAGGAAACAGACGAAGGACCUGAGGCUGGAGGUGCGAAACCUGAGGAGGAUUGCGCAGUCGCAGGCCAUCACUGCCAAGGAAACCGUUCGAGAAACCUGCCUUAAAAUCAAGACUAUGUUGGCUGCUGCGCAGAUGGGAGAGGAGCACGUGUGCGCAGAAAGACUCAAGGUGUCUAAGGAGGAAGAACUUUAUCGCCAAGAUGUCAAUCAUCUAGAAAAAGACCUGUUAGAGCUAGAAAGCCAGGUGGAGGAGCUGAGGGGGAAUGUCAUUAACCGGAAGUGUCGCGUCAACCUCAGCGAUGUGGAAGGAAUGGCACUCGUCCUCAGCAGGGCAAGCAAAGCUGUAGCUGAACUGAAAGCGCGGUUCCCUGCAUUACAAGAGAGCCUUAAGACCAUCAUGGCAGUAGAAAUGGAGGUCGUUGUUCGAGAAGAGAAAUUCCUCAAGGAUGAACCUGAGAGGUUAGAGAACGCAUUACGAAGGUGCAAGAAAUUGACAGGAACGCUAGUCACACUCAAGAGACUGGCUUCGGUGCAGGAGCAGAGACACACCGUAGGACAUCAUCUGCCAGAAAAGUCACAUUCGGCCGACGGACCCCACUCUGACGGAGAAAUGCAUUCCACAAAAUCAAGCCGACAGGGCUGGAAGCGGAGUUCUAACUUCAAAGAGAAGAUAGACAUGUGGAGAGGUUAUUCAACCCUCGGAUGGGCUGACCAGCCGCGGGGAAGGGUGACGUCCUCCUUGAAUCCUUUGCAGAGCCACAGCCUGGAUGGAGGCACGCACACAGUGAUCCAUGUACCACCUGAUGGACACACCAAACAGCAGACGGCGCUGGACGCCCUGCUGAGCGAAUUGCAAACCUUUAACCUGCCAGCCGAGCAGAAGACGACACAGCGAGACAACAUACCGGGUUUACUUGGGCCGCAGAGGCGGCUACCCUCCUAUCCUAGUGCGGACUCCCCAGUCCGUUCCCCCAUACACGGCAUGCCCCAGGCGCGCUCUCCCACUGCUCUUGACCCGGGCGCAAAGACCUUACAGGUUACUCCUGUCACUAAAAGCCUGUCACCGACGCCUCAAGAGAGAAGGCCCUCACCGACUUCACAGCUGGCUGUGAAGAGCGCCCCGGAAGCAGUGGCCAAGAAAGUACCCCCUCCACCUCCGCCCCGUACAACCAGCCGUUCCCCCGUCACAUCGCCUACCGAGACGGCGACAACGACAAAGCCUACGCCCUUGCGCUCCGCCCUUGCAACGCGCAGUGCUCCUCCUCAGCGCAGCAGCUCUGUUCCCACGCCUAGGGGUUCAUCACACCCUACUCUUAGACAGACAGCUUCAACGCGAGCAUCAUCUCGUGAACGUCCUGAUCCCCCUUCUGCCGCAUCUUCUUCCUCAGCGCCGUCUGCUUCCAAGGAAGUCAUCGUACGAACCUCAGCACUUACUGAUGAACCACCACCCAGAGACCAACUCUCCAGCAACAGCAGCAGCAGUGAGAGCGUCAACUCGCAGGAAGGACUCCAAAUGGCAUUGCAAGCUGCGAAAGCCGAGCAAAGAAAGGUUUCACAGCAACUCAGAAACGAGCUGCAGGAUGAGGUCUUCGCUUCCACGUCUCAGAAGAAGACUUCUCAGGGCCCUAAGAACAGACAAGAGCUUUUAGAAGCGAGGCACCAAGAGUUGUUAAGAAAGCAGAAACAACUCCAAGAACAGUACACGCGCUUGCAGCAGAUCCAAAGAGGCCAAGUUUUUGCCCGCUUUGGUGCAAAAACUGGUGACCUCAAGAAGACUGGCAGUGAGUCCAACAUCUUGUCCAAGGCAGGACUUUUAUCACUGGCAGCCGCAUCCGGAUCCAUGCAACACCUCGCCGUCACGGGUUCAGUCUCGAAUCCUAUUCCCGGAGUCAAGACAUCACCUUCCUCUUCUCCAAGUCCCGGUAAAGGGGGUGCUCAGAGCCCCGCGAACAAAAUCUUUGAAACAGAUAUUCUUUAAAAUAAAUUUUGACUUUGUGUACGGCCCAUGUAGGAAAAUUGAACAAAAUAUCCGCAUUUACGCCGGCUGUGCCCAUUAUCUACACCUUUUCUAAAAGAUUAUCGGACAGGUUCAGCAAAUGAACGUAAAUUUUAUCGGAGAUAGUUUUCACCGUUAAGUCGUUCCUGUUACUGUAAUCAAUAUUAUGACAGGAUUUUGGAGCCGGGAGGGAGUUUCCGGUCAUUCACCCAACGCCGUGGUUUGAAGUUUCGGAAGCGGUCAAAUAAUAUAGGUAGAGGCUUUAAGUUUUUAAAGCAUUUGCUUCUCAUAUUCAGUUUAAUAUUUUAGAAAUGUUUCAAUAUUAUUUGUUUAGAAUUAUAUGCCUGAAUGUCAUUAUCCCACCGCUUAAUAAGUACAGAACUGAAGUUUGUGGUUGGUUUUUCGAUAUUUAUAUAAAACAAUGAUGAUUUAGUUUUUUGGAGAAGAUCAUAGAUCUAUGAUAUCUUAGAGAAAAUGAAAAUAUAUGUAUAUUUAUAUAUAUAUAUAAGCUGGAUACUUUUAAAGAAUGUUUAUGGAACUUUUGAUAUCCCUAACGAGCAUCGAAAAACUCUUAGGGAACAUGAUAUGUGUUACAAUGACAGAACUGCUUCUGACAGCAAAUUUCUAUUCUGCGAAUAUUUCAUAUAACGCCCUAAUGGAAUGAUGUGAAAUAGACAACAAAUAUGCCUCCGAACAAAAUCCUGUUCUUUGUUGUGUUUCAAGAAUCGAAAUCUAGUCUUUGAAGCAUUAUCGACUGUUGGUGUUUUGAAAAAUGUAUAUGGCGCGUCUUUUGGCGAGAACUUUCUACAAAGCAUUGUUAAUUUCAAACCUCUUUUAGAGCGGAACGCUAUAAAUAAGUCCGCGAUUUUUUUUUUUUUCCCCCUUGGUAGUUUGCAGCUCUGACCACGUGACUCCCGCUUCCCGAUCUAAUUCUCUCACGGUGCUAAUCCCGAACACUGUACAUGUCCCGACAGGAAAACGGGAACUGUUUUUAUACUCGACGCGUGUGAAGUUCGUUUCUGUUUUCUUUUUUAGAAGAAAAAAACCAAGAAAGUCGAUUCUGUCCGACGAUCAUUUUGAUUCCGCCGGCGAAACGACGAGAAAGAUCUUUGUAGGAGCGACAUUUCCAAUUUUUGUAGCUAGUUGGUUCUCUGGUACGAAAGGUCUAGAGAAUUUUUAUACCUAGAAUAAACAAAGUAAUCGACGCGAGUCUUUUCUAGCGAUAUUACCCGCUUCUCAGCCAGGAAUGAUCCAUUGUUUCAGUUUUCGCUCCGUGAAAUGUCGACAAAUGCAGAAGCUGCUCAUGCGUGUUACCCGAAAAUCUACUGAAAUCCUCUAUCACAAAAUCUGAUAGAUUAAUUAAAAUAACUGUUAUAUUUUCCUUAUAAUAUUUUUAGAAAUUCUUUUCCUUCAAUUGCUUCCCAAACAACUAUUGUAAUAAGUUACAAAGCGGUCGGUUGGAAAGGUUCUUGAAUUGUGUUUACUGAAUAUUUUAAAUUUACAUCUCUUUUGUUCAGAUAUACUUAAUUUAAUAAAAAAAUUAUAUCUUCAUAAGAACGAUAUAAAAAAUUUUUACUUCUGCUAAUAGUGUGUAAUAUUAAACAUCAGUUUAAAUUUUAUUAACUUGUUAAAAUCAUUUUUUCAUUGCUACUAAAUUGAACACAAUAAAGUACUUAAAUUAGUUCAAUAACUCUAAGUGAUCGUUGAUGAAGUUUUAAUUUACCACUCUCUAACCCCCUAAAUGCUGAGAAACUUUUACAUUUAAAUAAAAUCUAAUAAAACUUUGAGUUUAACAAUUUAUGAAAGAUCAGUAGCAAUUCUAAAACACGGGGUUAUUCCUAAAUCCGCGAAAAUAUUUUUUAAAUCCUUAAUAGAUAAACUUGGCAAACAGCUCCAAUUUUUACUACAAUCAAAUAGAAGUAAACUCAUUACGUUUCUCUUACUUAUUUAGCAAAAGCUUAAUAAGUUCAGCUUCGCUGAAACAACAAACAUCUACGCAUCACUGGGAGAAUUUUUUAUACAUGCUGUUUCAUUGUACCGUUUAAUAAGAAGAAUGAUGAUUACCGCUUUUAACAAAACAGUUGUUUGGCUAAGUGCCACAGAAACCAUUAUUGAGAUUUUUUGCGAGGAUAUCUUGUCAAAAUUUGCUACAAAAAUAGGUAUGAGAUCUUAAUUAAAAUUUACCGCUGAGUUGGAUAUGACGCCGCGCAGGAUUAGGGAACGAAGCAUUAAUGCAGCUCUAACAUGGUUUUCGGAUUUAUUCCAAGGGGCAUUUUACUUGUGAAGGUUCGUCAAAGACACCAUACUUCCUUUUCUCCUCCUCUCCGGGUCAUCAUAAAAGUAUCACUGAGUUUGUGGCUCUAAGUCUGUCUUGGUUUCUUUGGUUAUGGCAAAGCACAUGAUGGAUAUCUGCUUAAGAGGAGGAAUGCCUUCUUACAGGACUUUUUUAAACAAAUCAGAUAGCAUCCAAGUUACACAUGGCGAAAAACGCGUAAACACACUUGCAGCCAGAAAUUCGAACUUCGGUCGAACUACCAGUGCUCAGUGACUUUACCGCUCGGCCGUUAUUGGGCGGUUUAUGGCUCUAAUUGUUCGUGAUAAACCGCAUUUGUGUUGGAUGAAGCGAAUUAUCUUAUUGAUGUCCCUAUUGUGUCAACAAAGAUGGACAUUUUUAAAAUAUGUAUUCAGCAUUUAUAAAUUCUGUAAAAAAAAAAAAAAAAAAAAAAAAGACUUGCAAGUUUACUUUUAUUCCAUUUUAAUCGAAUUUGAUAAAGAUUGAGUAAUUUAUUUAUUAUAAAUAUCUAAAAUAUUUCAUGAAUUUAUGAAUAACUCUGUAUUUUAAACCCUUCAUCAAAAUAUUUUUUAAUUAUAAUUAAAUAAAAUUUCACGUGAUUAUGCGAAAGUCCAUUUCUAUAAAUAUUUUAGAAAAUGUGUGUACGCUGUGCGAUGAUUGACUACUUCUACCCCACCUCCUGGUGAAAUUCAUCUAUAUGAAAUCAAAAGCUAUGAUUUAUUUAUUAAACUUAUUAAUUACCUGAUAUUAGAUGCAUUCUUUUUAACUAGAACAUUACAUUAAAUGAAGAGAAAGCUAAUUAAGCUUCGGUGGUGUGGUGUAUUUAAUUAUGGCAAAGCACACAAGGGCUAUCUGCCUAAGGGGAGGGAUGCCUUCGUGGAGGACUUUCUAAGGGAAACUGGCUCGUAUACACGUUACACAUGGAGAAAACCACGAAAACACCCAUGCGGCCAGCCCGUUCGCGAAAUUACGCUUCGGAAAGUGUCAUUUAAGUAAUUGUUUCAUUUAUUCAGUGUCACUUUCUCCAAUGCUGAAAUUAAAAAUUUCAGGCUUCCAAUUGUUACUGUAAUUUGAUUAGAUUUUAGAAUUACGUAAGGUUUUCCUGCAAAAACUUUAAUAUAUGAGUUAGUUCCUACUCAGUCCCAGAGUUCUGUGAUUUCAUGAAUAAAUCAGAUAGAAGCACAAAUAGCUACAAGUAGUAACUUUAUUAAUAUCUUAUUAGCAGUUGCAAUGCAUUAGCUAGCAUAAGCGUAUGUUAAUAUCAGAAGAAAAAAAAAUAACAAUAAGCAAUGAAAUAUAUUUACAAGAAGUCGAAAAAUGUUUUGAAAUUUUAUAUCCAAAUGCUUAAUUUAUUAUAUUAGAAAUGCAUUAACUCUUAAUAUAAACAUUAAAAACGUGAACUCAGGAAACAUAUUCCAUUAGUCACAGUUUUUUAGAGUCUUAUUUAAAAAUAUUCAUAAUGUGCAGAAAAUAAAGAGAAGCAAAAAUUACGAAAACAUUUAUUUUGUUAAACGACAUUAAAUAAGGAGAGGUUCGGUGGUUAUCUGAAUACUAGAAAUGAGUAAGCAUUGCUUCUUGAAAUCAAAGUGUCGUGUUUGAAAAUCUUAAAUGCUUCGCUAAAAGUGUUUUUAACUUAAUAAAAUGAAAUAGGAUAGCAUAAGUUGUGACUAAAUUAUGAUUUGAAAAUAGGCACAGAAGUAUUACAAACGGCAUUUCAAAUGUUAGUUCAUUAAUUAAUUAAUGAAAAUUUAUUCGAAAUUUCUUUAUGACGUCUCUAUUUGAUUGAUCAGAAUUAGAGGAUAAUUACAUCUUCUUAACUAUUCACAAGAAAGAUCUUCCAAGUUUAAACUCCAAACUGGUUUUAUAACACUAUAGCUAAUUCUGGACAUUCAAAAAGAACGAUUCCAGUUAAAAUUAGUCCCAAUAUAUAGGUAAACAUAAUUCAGAAGCAUGAAUUUCAAGUUUGUGAUUGCCAAAUGCAAAAUUUUUGACAUUAAAUGGCAGUAUUAUGAAAUUUUGGAAAAUCAUUCAUCUCCAAAUGUAUAACAGCACUGCAUCACCAAAAGUAGCUAAAACUGCGUAUUUUAGUUGACAAUUUAUAUCGAUUUUGCAUGUAAUUUUUAGCAUUGUGUGCUUCUAAAUAAGCAAGAUCAUUUGCAAAUUUUUGUACUCCUUAUGCAUUGAUUUAAUUUAUAAUAUUCUAGUCAAUACAAAUAACUUUAUUGUUUAUCUAAAUCACUUCCUCGAUCUACACUUUAAUAUGAGGUCAUCGAAUUUCUUACAUUUUACUUAGGUUAGAGAUUGUAAUUACUUACGUCAUAUUUUGUAAAAAGCAAACUAUUGAUACAGUUGUUUGGUUCAUCAAAUUGCAGUUUCUUAAAAUUCUCAACCUGAUAAUUUCAUUCAGUACAAUAUUAUACAUUAUAUAUAUAAUAGUGUUACUAUUUUUAUCACUCCUUCACUGUAUUUUUAUCUGUAUAUUACAAUAAUACAUAAUCAGCGUAUUAAUUAUCGUAUGAAACCUAUACCAUUUGCACAGCGUUAAUUUGCUGAAUUUUUGCCAUAUUUUUCAACCCUUAAAUAUCUGUCUUGCUUAAUUUUAACGUUAUUAAAUUAAAUCGUGUUUAAUACACAUUAUAUUAUACGAAAGCUGUUCGCACAUUUUUCAGACAAUUUUCAUUGCAUUUACAUAAAUGUUUUACCUAAAAUUUUUGUGUUUUAAAAGUGAUAUUUGAUAACCCUUAUUCUUCACUAUCUUUCUACCCUGUAAUUUCAAUAUAAUAAAGCCUUUUGCAGUAUCGGAAGCGGUAUUUUAUACCAUUUCUCUUGAAUAGCUUUCCAAAGUCCAAGGAAGGUCGACGUUUGGAUAAUCCAUUUUUUAAAAGUCCAAAAGCGCAAAGACCCAUGAAGUAAUUAUCAGGAGAUUUAAUCGGGAUAUGAGUGAAGGGAUUUAUGACCUUCAUACCCGUUUUUUGCUCCAUUUUUUCCAGGAAAUUACAGUGGAUUUUGACGUGUGGUUGCUUGCUUUGUCUUAAUGCAGUUCUACUGAUUGAUGGCACUGUGGGUAAACAGGAGGUAUUUCAUACUUUAAAACUGGAUAUAAAAUAUGUUCUAAUAACAAACGGAAUUGAUCUCAGCAUUUCUAUACCGUUAUAUGAAAAACCAGAAACAAUCCUAUUCCUUUGAAAAACAUUCUUUAGAAUUUUUUAGCCAUUUUUAAGAAUUUUUUUUUUUUCCUCUUUGUUGAUAGUCAUUUAAAUACAUCCAAGUUUCAUCUGUUGUGGCAACAUUUUUUCCAUUUUAAUCCAGAUAAAUGUUUCUCAUAAAGAAUUCUGCAGCGCGUUCUGCGUUCGGAGAUAUGUCGCGCUGAAAGACGAUGCACAUUAUGUUUUUUCGCCUUUUUGAGAUUCAAAUAGACAUUACUUACUUUGUUUCUAGUUGACGUUGAGCAUUUUAAUGAUUUUGUUUUGACUUGGGAGAUUUUCUUUCAGCAUUACCUUUGCAACAUUCUUUUUUUUUUAAUAUAUAUAUGUUUGGAACAACUUUUCUCCUCGAAGCCAAACCCUCGACUUUUUUCUCUUUCUUGUUGACAGUAUUACUUAUCUUAGCUUUAUAUAUAAAAAAUCCAUGGCUUUCACGUUAUUUUUUAAUAACUAGAUACGAAUAAUUUCGUUAGAAAAAAGCACAAAUAAUAGCCUUCCAUCCAUUGCUUCUUUAAAUGUGCUAUUUUGUCUGAAAACAAAACUGUCCUGUAGCAAACAAUAAUUUAUACUUUUAAAAAUAUAACGCAGUUAAAAAAACAUAUAUUUGCAGUUAAAAAGACGAUUUCCAAGCAGUUGAUCGUUUAUUUAAUAGCAAAGAAAAAUCGUCUAAAACGUGUCUGAACAGCGAAUGUAUAUAAAUAAAAAUGUAAAGUGGACUUACUAGGUCAAAUCCUGAGCAAAUUUUCGUUUAAUUUUGAUAUUUAUUACACCUUUUGCUUUCUACAAUUCGUACAACCGUUAUUAAGUUUUAAAAAUUUAAAAAUCUGUAAUUAAUAUUUCACUUUAAAAAUUUCCCACUCUAUUAGUAUUUUCUUAUUAUUUCCUAGCAGAUAGCCAAAUCUUAUUGCGUUUUAAAAUUCUUAACACACACGUUACGAAUGCAAAUUAAGAUUCUGCAAGCAUCUUAUUAGUUUAUUCUUUUACAAUUGUGUUCUGAGAAUCGAUCAUUUGGGAGCUCGAAAAAUAGGAUUUUGAAAUUCGGGGCAAUUGCCAAAUGGCACUGCGUCGUCAAAUAUCGUUACAAUUUAUAUAUUUUUAUUUGCUUACCAGCAACAAUUUAGCUAAUUUUUUUAUUAUUAUACAUUUUAAAAUGAGAAAAUCGUACGCAUUUUUUUUUUUUUUUUUUUUUUUUUUUUUCAAAAAUAUUGAAAAUUCAAAGUUGGCACACUCCUUUGCAGCAUAUAUUCAAUGUUCGAAACUUCCAUCAAAAGCAGAUGCAAAUUCUAAGAUAUUUAGUUUAUCUUCUUCAACCGAUUACUUCGCAAGUGACAGUUUUACGUUUUAUUGUGGUCAGUUAUGUAGCAUUAAAAAUGUAUAUAUCUCUAAGGCAAGCGAUAAACAAUUGUCAGUUCUUGGAGAUGAUGUUUAUCGUCAUGACGAAUGCCAAAAAUUCUGUGUUUUCUACGGUUAGUAUUUUCUAAUAAAAAUGUUUCAAAUUAAUAAUUUAAAAAUAUUGCUUCUUCCUGCAUUUGUCGACGAAGAUGUUCGGCGAAGAGGGUCACAAUCAAUAAUAAAGUCGCGUCCAGAAGUCAAGUCGAGGUCCUUGUUUCAUGUCAAGACCUCUACGCCGAUUAGCUAAACGGAGCGUCGUGUAUAUUGAUAAUUCUAACGUUUAGAAAUUUACCUUCUGCUGCCGCGCUAGAUGUUAUUGUACAGAAAAACUCCCUCUACUAAUAUGUUGUCUGUAAAAGGAUUUUAGCCCUCUUGUUUAUAAGUAGACAUUUGUUCGAUGCUUCGACUGCUGCUGUAACAGAAGAUCCGUCUAGGUGAUCUCUGUUGAAGGCUCAAUGAAAUUAGAUUAUGAUUUCUUACUAGUCAGAAAAACAAACUUUUAUGAACAAACUCAAAAUUUCUAUACACACGCAAUGUUAUUGGUUGCAUUUCAUUGAAAUUUUAAUGUGAAGCUACGCCGAACUCUGCUCUGCCUAAGUUGUUCUAAUUAGUUCCUUGAAAUGCACGUAAAGAAAGGUUGUGUUAAUAUUAUGAUUUUCUGGGAUGCAUAGUAGAAGAAAUUCGCUCAUUAAAUUAUUUUUAAUGGAAUUUUGAGAACGACUAAUCGUGAGCAUAUAUACAGUCUGAUCGAAAGUAAUUACAUAUCUGUUUAUAAAAAUCUAACAUCAUUAAUAUUCAUUGAAGUUCAAUGCUCAAAUCACAGUUCCUUAUUUAAAAAAUACGUGUCAUAAAAUUUUAUUUUUAUUAAUACUUACUGUUAUCUUUUAUUCGAUUUUCUACGGCCUAUCUCAGAUUCAUAAACUGUUUUAGAGUUAUGUUUCCUUUUCAGUGAGAGAAAUGCCUUUAAUUCACUCGUAGUUAUUAACUUCUGUCAGGUGCAUUUCAAAUUAUUUUGAAAGUUUGUCAAAAUAUAUUUAAAUUCAUACGAUUCCUUCAAGAUAUUUGAAACAAAUCUUUUUCAAGAUAUUUGAAAUAAAAUAUCAACAUUCAGUUAUCCACUUUAAAUUUUUAAGUUAUCACAAUGAAAUGCAAAUAAUUUUGAAUUUAAGCGUACUAUUAUUUCUAUACUAAAUUUAAAAGUCUUAAAUUUGAGUUAAAAAGAAAUGAUGUUAUAUUUUUCUGCAAAUCUAAUAGAAAAUUAAUUGAAAAUUGUAUAUAUAACUGAAAUUUUAAUACGUCCGGCAGGGCAUCUGGUCAAUCAUUAUUUAUAAAAUUCCAUCUGGUCAAUCGUCUGGGCGUCUGGUCAAUCAUUAUUUAUAAAAUUCCAUCUUUCGACUUUUUUAUUACAGAUAUUACUUAAAUUUCAAUAUUUUAAAAGAAAAGAACUUUCGAGAACGAUUUAAACCGAAUAGGGCAUCAGUGUUCGGCGUUGCGAAUGAUGUUCUUAUGGAAUAAAAUCGUAGUAAUUUUUAUGGAUAUUCAUUUCUGAUAAAUAUUGUUGUCAAUGUUUUUGUGGUGUUCUGAAUAACAAUUACUUUUUUCAAUGUUCAAAAGAAAAAGGCGCUUACAUAUCUGAUUGAAAAUGUUGAACAAAAAUAUAUAUUUAUCGAGUUUUCACUUGUUAAUAAAUAAGAUUACAUGUUAUAUUAUAUCAACUGAAAGUCUAUUCGAAAUUCUAUUCCAGCAUACAAAACAUGUUUACUAAUGUAUUUUGUUCAAAACAUUCAUAUGUUGAUGCAUAUAAAUGUAUAUUAGUUGAUUAAUAAUGCUCAUGAAUUGGUCAUGUAUAAUUGCUCGUGACAAUGAUAUGAUUAUCUGGUAAAGAAACCUUCAAAUUACAAAUUUCAAACAGCCUAAAAUAUUAUUUAAAUCUAAAAAAUAUUUUUAAAUGAAUCUGAAUGAGGUAUUUUUCAGAAAUUAUUAUUAAAAAUGUGCAUUUCAUUUCUAUACAUAUAUAUAACUAUAAUUUGAAAUAGAAAAAGUAUGGAGGCUUCAUCUCUUAGAACGUUCAUCUUAAAAUGGCAGCUCAAAUACUGAAUAUACUGAUAUUGCUUAAUAAUGACAACAUAGAAAGUGUCUAAAGAAAAACUAUGCACAAAUUUUUAUGGAGAAUUUAGAAUUAAUUUGUUAAGAAUUCACUUUUGAAUUUACUCAUGUUUAAUAGUAAUAGUAUUGUUACUAGAAUUUUCAAUAACAUUUUCAUAUUUGUAGAAGUUUAGUGUCAAUCAAAAAUAUUUCAUCACUUCAAAAAUGUACGAGAGAAAAGAUAUAAGUUUCAAUAUUCGUGUAAUCAAAUUAUCUACGACUUACAGAAAAGUUUUUUCUCGCCUGUUGGUCUAAUUGCAAAUGAAAGUAUAAGAGCAAUUGAAAUUAUAACUGGAAAAAAAGAGAACGGAAGUCUUGUGCUUUAUGUGUAUAUAUACACAGAAGCCUAAACAGCAGCCGCAGAAGCCUUAGCUUCCACACUGGUCCUUCAAGUCAAAUAUACUUAUAUCUUAAUGUUGUGUUUUAAAAUAUGCUUGAAACUUUUAUAUACAAUGCAGCUAUACGGUAGCCACUUCAGAAGUAAUCUUAAAUAGUUUAAUCCUGUUUACCUUCUUCUGCAACAGAUAAUCAGUAAGCAUUAUUCCUCUAAAGGUCUCAUUGUUUAACAGCGUCAUUGUUAUUAUCUCUUUAUCAGUACAUCAAAAGCUAAUAAACAGUUGUAGUUUUGGGAGUUAUUUUUUUUAAUUACAAAAUAAAUGUACCUGAAGUAUACAAAAAAUUCGUGUGUAUCUUACAAAAUUAUCCAUGUCUUAAUAUUUUAAAUUCAAUUUAAUAAUGUUAAAUUUUAAUAACUGUAAUUCAAAAAUUUUCAAUAUACCUUUAAAAUAAAAAGAAAGGAUUUUUGCAAUGGUGGAAUCCACUUUCCUUCCUGAUUUUAGGAGUCUACUAAAAACUUUAAUGUAAAUAAAUAGAAUUCCUGUUUUUCUAUUAAUUAUAAGGAAAAAUGAAACAAAUCUUCAUUAACACAUUAGAGUUAAAAAAUUAGUUAAAAAAUAGUUAAAAUUAAAUUAAAAAUAAUUUAUAUUAAUUUUAAAAAUUUUAAUUAGUUAAAAAUUAAUUUUGAAAAAAAGUUUUAAAAAAAUAUUUUCCUGUUUUAUUUUCUAGGUCAUUUGUUCACUCCAGACAAAGUGACUCAAAAUAUAGAAAAAUCGAUUUUCUUAUAUUAAUGGCUAAAAGUUAAUUUAUUUAAUAUUUCACGUUUCUUAGGAUAAAACUGUAAAAAGAGAAGAAGAAAGCUGAAUUAUAUGUAAAUCCUUGUUCAUGAAGUGAAUUCUCACACUAAUUCAUAUUAAUAACUUUCUUUAUAAUGGCAUUUACAAUUUUAAGAAGUAACUGCUUUGUUUUUGUACACAACUUAUAAGGUAUAUGGAAGAAAUUUUCAUCUAAAUAUAGUAACACUGGAGGAAUAUGUGACAGAGAAUCGUAAAUAUUCUUAAUUUUAAAAAUUUUUUUAACUAUUUUUUCAUAAGAUUUUAUUUAAAAGCUAAUUUUAAAAAUGCAAUACCAAUAUUAUGACGGAAUGAUUUGUUUUUCCGUUGUAUAAAUUAAAACGUUACGGAUAUUUUGGUAUACAUUUGAUAUUUAAGCAACAUUUUAUAUUUUGGAUUACUAAAUAAAAUUUUCGUUUAUUAAAUUAAAAAUGAAUAAACUGAAUUUACUUAUUGUGUAAAUUUCCUUAUUGUGAUACACAUUUAAUAAAUUCAUUUCUAUAAAUAAAUUUAAAAUGAAUAUUAAUUUUUAAAGCAAAUUAAAUAUUCAAUUGUGUUCUGUUUGACUGUCAAAACUUUUGAAGCAAUUUUAUGAACAAUCACAUAAAAAUAUAGCUUUACAUUACUAGAAAAUAUCUAAAUUAAAAAAAAACUACAUUAUCAAUAGAAAGAAUGAUUUAUAGUUAAGUUUUCAGUUAUAAAAUAUUUGGAAGAACUGGAAUAUCUUUUUGUGAAUAAAACAGGUACGGAAGAAAUUAUUAAUGAAAUGAAUAAUAAGAUUUUUCUUUUCUCAGAUACUUCGUUCUUGAUUGAUUAAAUGAUAAAUCCAGUGCUAGGAAAAUCUUAAAGCUUUGAAAAACUGAGAUAGCUUCAAUGUCGUUGAAGAAACAACACGGAAAUCUUGGAUAGAACAGGUGUAAUUUCAGUUAUAAAUCGGAAAUUCUAAAGUCAAAAGUACUGUAAAAAAUAUUAAAAUAUCGAAUGUCCAAUGACAGAAGCUACGUUAAAAAUCACACAGUAAAAAUGCAAACCCAUUUAUUAAAUUCAAGAACAAUUUUAUAAACUCUCCAACGGAGUGCUAAUAGGCAUUCGGCUUCCUUAAGAUAAUCCUACAAAAGAUUAGAUUUCCUACAAAAAAGAAAGCUAGGAAACGUCCUAUCAGCUUUUGCCAUUUGCACCAAACCAAAAUAUCGAAAUAUUUCGAAAAUGCGGCUAUAUUCUGCUGAAUCCUGCACCAUGUGUCAUCAAAUUGUCAGUGAGUUCCAAACCUCUCAACUUUACUUCCAUAACGGUUAUUAGCAUCAACUUUUACGUACUUAAUCGCUUAUAAGCCAGUUAUAUACGCAAUAUUUCUUUGCUUAAAACAUAUCAGAACAAUCAUAUAUAUAAAUAUAAAACAAAAGGUAUGUAAACUUAUAUAUUCACAGCAAUAUAUAAGAACAGAAAAAAUAUUUACAAAAUUAUAAAAAAUUAGAAUAAUAAGUUUAUGGCAAUGAAAAAUAAAUAUACUGAAAAUGUGUAGCAAUGCAAAAGAAAUAAAAUUUAGUAUUUACAUCAGUUUAUAAAAUAAAUAUUUAUAAACAGUGUUAUAAAUCUGUUAAAGUAUAAUUUCUUGGAAAAAUUAUUUUUCUAAUAUAGCGAAAUUUAUACUUCAUACAUCAGUUUUUUAAAUAAUGAAAUAAUAAAUUGUGGAAUUAUUUUAUAUUAGAAAAUUCCAGUUUUAUAAUUUAAUAUCAUAAGAUACAAAAUAUUCUAUGUUCACCAACUGCAAUGAGGAUCAUUUCUAUGCUUUAAUACCACGCAAAUAGCAUUCAUGAUAAUACAUAGAAAAGGAUCAUUGUGGAUGCAACGGCUUUGAGCGAAGUAGGAAAAAAUGCAAUUUCCCGUUUGUUUAAUCUUUUGUCAUUACUAACUGCCUACUAAGCCUAAUACAAAAAUAAGAUGCACAUUUAAGAAAUCAUUAUCACCGUUAUAUAAAAAGGACUCAAUAUAAUUUCUUACUAAUACAGUCCUUAAAUAAAGAUGUAAGAAUCCUUCAGCCUUACUUUAUUUAUCAUAAACUUAAUGGUUUUAUUAAAAUCUACUGUAAUACUAUCGUAUUUUUAUGAUGAGAAAUUAUAAUUAUAAAGAUAUUCAAUUUUAUUAUUUUCAUUGAUUCUGUAAAUACAUUUUUUAAAAAAGAUAUUGUUGUAAAUUAGAAACUUUAUUUGCAUUUUAGCGAUUGUUAAGUCUAGGUAUCUGUGACAUAAAUAUGUACGAUUAUGUGCAUAUUUAUAAAAAAAAGUUACAAGCUCAUUUAAAAAAGGUAACGUGUAAAAUUUCUUUUCAGAAUCAAAAUAUAAAGUUACGAUUUUAUUUCUA